AGUGAGCGCGCGCGCCCUCCGUACAGGAUUUAUAAAGGCGAGGCCGUGACCGGUGCGCGCUCUCGACGCCCCCACCGUCCCGGCGGCACCAACUGGACUGCCCCGCCCGCGCUACGCGCUCGACGUCCGACAUGCUGAGCCGUACUCUGUUGUGCCUGGCCCUGGCCGCGGCGGCCCGAGUGAAUGCCGACGCUCUCGAGGAGGAGGACCACGUCCUUGUGCUAAAGAAGAGCAACUUCGCGGAGGCGCUGGCGGCGCACAAGUACCUGCUGGUGGAGUUCUAUGCCCCUUGGUGUGGCCACUGUAAAGCAUUGGCCCCAGAAUAUGCCAAAGCAGCUGGAAAGCUGAAGGCAGAAGGUUCCGAAAUCCGGCUGGCGAAGGUGGACGCCACUGAAGAGUCUGAUCUGGCCCAGCAGUAUGGCGUCCGUGGCUACCCCACAAUCAAGUUCUUCAAGAAUGGAGACAGUGCCUCUCCCAAGGAGUAUACAGCUGGCAGAGAAGCUGAUGACAUUGUGAACUGGCUGAAGAAGCGCACUGGCCCCGCUGCCACCACCCUGUUGGAUACUGCAGCUGCAGAGUCCUUGGUGGAGUCCAGUGAGGUGGUUGUCAUCGGCUUCUUCAAGGAUGUAGAGUCAGACCUUGCCAAGGAGUUCUUGCUGGCAGCAGAAGCUAUUGAUGACAUACCUUUUGGGAUAACAUCCAACAGUAAUGUGUUCUCCACAUACCAGCUUGACAAAGAUGGGGUGGUCCUCUUUAAGAAGUUUGAUGAAGGCCGGAACAACUUUGAAGGGGAGGUCACCAAAGAGAACUUGCUGGACUUCAUCAAGCACAACCAGCUGCCCCUGGUCAUCGAGUUCACUGAGCAGACAGCCCCGAAGAUUUUUGGGGGUGAAAUCAAGACUCACAUCCUGCUCUUCCUGCCCAAGAGUGUGUCUGACUACGAUAGCAAACUAAGCAACUUCAAGAAAGCAGCAGAGGGCUUCAAGGGCAAGAUCCUGUUUAUCUUCAUCGACAGCGACCACACUGACAACCAGCGCAUUCUCGAGUUCUUUGGGCUGAAGAAGGAGGAGUGCCCAGCUGUGCGGCUCAUCACCCUGGAAGAGGAGAUGACCAAGUACAAACCUGAGUCAGAUGAGCUAACAGCUGAGAAAAUCACAGAGUUUUGCCAGCACUUCCUAGAGGGCAAGAUUAAGCCCCACCUGAUGAGCCAGGAGUUGCCUGAAGAUUGGGACAAGCAGCCUGUCAAAGUGCUAGUGGGGAAGAACUUUGAAGAGGUUGCUUUUGAUGAGAAAAAGAAUGUCUUUGUGGAAUUCUAUGCGCCGUGGUGCGGUCACUGCAAGCAGCUGGCCCCCAUCUGGGAUAAGCUGGGAGAGACCUAUAAGGACCAUGAGAAUAUUGUCAUCGCCAAGAUGGACUCGACUGCCAACGAAGUGGAGGCUGUCAAAGUGCACAGCUUCCCUACUGUGAAGUUCUUCCCUGCCAGCACCGACAGAACGGUCAUUGACUACAACGGAGAGCGGACACUGGAAGGCUUUAAGAAGUUCUUGGAGAGCGGUGGCCAGGAGGGUGCAGGGGACGAUGAUGACCUGGACCUCGAAGAAGCGGAAGAGCCAGACAUGGAGGAAGAUGACGACCAGAAAGCUGUGAAAGAUGAACUGUGAUUGGAAACAGACCCGGGCUGCAGCCCAGCACCUCAGCCGACCUCACCCGAGGAGGGCGCCACUGAAGAGCCGGGGCCCUCCCACAGCCACACUCGUCCUCACACAGGGAAACUCGGCCUCGUCUCUUCCUUUUGCUUUUCAAUUUUUGGAAAGGGAUUUAUCUUCUGGCCAGUCCAUCUUGCUGGGCUAUUUUUUUAAAAUUGUGGUGUACUUUUUUGUACAUGGUUUUUGUCCCAAGUGCUUGCUAAAAUGUUUGAGAUCUCACACUGGUAAUGUCUCUUUCCUGUUAGAGAGAUCUGUACUGGCCCUUUAAAAUGAUUACAUCCGUGGGACUUUGAGAUACUUCUCAGUGUCAGGGUAUUUGUUCUGCGUUGGCCAGGCCUCCCUGCAGUCUUCUGUCUCCUGUCAGGAGGGAUGGAUCUAGCCUGGACAUGACCACUCCCCAUUCAUCAGUGCCAGUGUGCCCGGGGUGAGCAUGGCUCUUGCAUUUUUUGGUAAAAUGGAGACUUCUGGAUACAGUCAGGAUAGCCCCUUGCAUCUGGAGGAGUGGACACUGGUAGCGGACUAGGAGGCCCACAACAGGGCUCUGGACAGCUCCCUCCUCCCCCUCCUUGAUCUUGGGCCGCUCAUCCAGCCUGCUGUCCUGCCUGCCAUGGGCAUAUUGCCCUGUGACCCUGUGGUCUGCCCUGGGGACCAGGACCCUGAUUCUCAGGCUGGGAGACAGCCAGGGUUGUGGGUGCUGGGUCAGAUGUUGACCACCCUUUAGGCAUUUCCAUCACAACCUUGGAAUUGAACACAUUGGCCAAUUAAAAGUUGAAAUUUUA